UCAACGGAAAGAGCAGAAGAUGUCGGCUCGGUCAUGUGAUCAGCUAUGUCCAAUCACAGCUGAUCGCAUGUAAGUAGGGAAAUGCCAGUUAUUGCCCCAGUAGUGCCACCUGUCAGUGCCCAUCAAUGCCAGCUGUCAGUGCUCAUCAAUGCCACCUGCCAGUGCCCAUCAAUGCCACAUAUCAGUGCCUACCAGUGCCCAUCAAUGCCACAUAUCAGUGCCCAUCUAAGCUGCCUUUCAGUGUCACCUAUCAGUGCCACCCAUAAAUGCUAGUCAGUGCCACCUAUCAGUGCCGCCUAACAGUGCGCAUCAGUG